GAAAAUAUGUAACGUUGACAACGACACGAAUAAGCAAUCCAGCGGCGUUAAGUUGUUUGAAAAGGUAUUCUCAGAUAUAAGAUCUGCAGCGAAGGAAAUGAUUCCCCGGAUGCAGGAACCAAGUGAUAUGCGUUCGCUUGAGGAAAAAACAGCGAUUUUUGAGUCAUCAUUGAGAAAAGCGGAAAAGAUGUUCAAAGAAAAGGAUUCUGAUUACCGACGUCUGUGGGGAAGGAGCUGUUUUCUGGAAGCAGCUCUUAAUGCUAGCCAGGGAAAAACAAUUCAACGGGGCUUACAUGAAGAGAAAAUGAAGGAAUGUGAAAUUUUAAAAUCUCAAAUAUCCACAGACCAUUGUAGGGAACAUCUAUCGAUAGCAAAAUCAUUAGAAGACAUGAGAAAGAUCUGUGUGAAAAAAGAGGAAACUUUUGUGAAGGAACGGACCCUUCUACAACAAUCAUUAGAAGAUAUGAAAAAUAUCUGUGUGAGAAACGAAGAAACUUUUGUGAAGGAAAUGAACGACCUACAACAAGAGAUAGCACGCAGAGAAGAAGAUUUGCAGUUACUGAAGUCUUGCAGUAAAGAGGACAGAAACGAAUUGCAACGACAAAUUGAAACACAAGAAGAACACAUUAUCAUCCUGAAGAAGAAGGAAAAAAUACUGCAAGACGGAGUGAACACAUUGAAAGAAACUGUCGAGGUACUGAAACGUAAGUCUGCUGUGACCUUAGACGUUAGAAGUGAAUCCAGUCACCAACUUGAGCUGUUGAUUGAAAAAGAAGCGCAAUUGGAACAAGAAUAUGAUGAGAUUCAAAAAGAACUUAAUAACUUUGACAAGCUGUUGAGCGGCCAUCAGGCGAAUAUGACGGACUCUCCAACAACCAAAGGACUCUCUACUUUGUCAACAGACAAGUUUGAAAACGAUGAGGUUACGCUUCGUAAACACAAUAAUGUGCAAACAUAUUCGACGGAAAUACAAGAAUCUUCCGAAGUUAAAGAGGAAACAACAAAUUUAAAUAAAGAUUGUGCAACUGACAGCGCUCAGUCAGCUCCGAAUAAACAAGUCACCAUGGAGCUGCUCGUGUCAGUGGAUAUCAAACAGACUGGAGAUGAUUUGGAUCAACCUAUCCUCACUGGGCUUGACUUCCUACCAGACGGGAGAUUGGUUGCCGUGGAUUACAGGAAUUUGAAAUGCAUCAUGUUAGAUGACCGACUAAAGUUACUAGGAACACCGUACAAGUUCAAUAUAUACCCAUUUGACGUUGUGUGUUUGUCUCAUUGUGAGCUGGCAGUAACCACCAAUAGAAAGACAGUGUGUCUCCUGUCCGUGAGUUCUGACAAUGUCAUCAGUCUGACCAGGCAGAUAAACACAUCCACAAAUGUCUUCUCCAUAUGCUGCAUGAACCCAACUACCAUGGUCGUGAGCACAUACAAUGAUCCACGUCCAGUGAGAAUGAUAAACCAGAUCGGUGUGGAGUCUGAUUUUGACCGUGUGCUGUUUAAUAAGAAGACGUACAAACGUGGAUGGAGCACGUGCACGUAUGUCUCUUCAAAGAACACGUUGGUACUGACUGAUUGGUAUGCUCACACAGUGUACAUGUUCGACACCGCGAAGGGAACAUCUAGAGCAGUCACUAAUGAUAACAUACAGAAUCCACAUGGUGCCUGCGUCGGACCCGGUGACACGGUGCUGGUGUGCAGUACGGCUAAGAGCUCCAUCGUACACAUCACUGUUGAUGGGGACAUUCUAUGUACCUACCAUGUAGAUAUGCGACGGCCGUAUACCCUGUGUAUGAAAAAUGAUGGGAGCAGAUUGGUCGUGUCUGGUUUUGAAAAGGGAAUGACGAAAUUGAUGAUGUACAAAUUAUCAUAA